AACUAAGAAUAAAACAUGACCAUCACGCUUCGCUUUGGCUUUCCAUUUUGAAAGCGAAAGAAAACCGAUAUCUUCUCCCUGUAAACUUACAUUUCUUCUCUACAAUCACUAACGAUUCUUGUAUUUGGAGUUGUCUCUAUUUGUUCCUUUCUCUUUUGGAAGCUUGCGUUGUUGCUUCUGCCUGUGUUGUGCUUAUCCUGGACCUGGAGGACAAGUUCAGGAAGGUUCUUAACUUCUUUUGAGUUUUCAAGCCAAUCCAAACACUCCCUAACUAGUCGUCUUCAGAUCCAAGAACUUUAAUUUCUGUUAUCUCUUUUUGUGCCUGUUUGUUCUUUCGACGAAGCGAGUGAGUGAGAAGGUCGUUAACUUGAAGAAAUCCGGCAAAAAGGGCGAAAUUGAAGUUUCAUUAGGAGUUAUAGAUGGCGACGCUCGGAGAUAUAGGGGUUUCAGCAGCUCUUAAUAUUCUUAGUGCCUUCUUGUUCUUAAUAGCAUUUGCUAUAUUAAGGGUUCAACCGUUCAACGAUAGGGUAUACUUUCCGAAAUGGUAUCUCAAAGGGUUAAGAGAUAGUCCAACUCAUGGGGGGGCAUUUGUGCGGAAGUUUGUGAAUUUGGAUUUUAGAUCAUAUGUAAGGUUCUUGGAUUGGAUGCCGGCUGCAUUGAAGAUGCCGGAACUUGAGCUUAUUGAGCAUGCUGGAUUGGAUUCGGUUGCCUACUUGAGGAUUUACUUGAUAGGACUUAAGAUAUUUGUUCCUAUAGCAUUUCUUGCUUGGGCUGUUUUGGUGCCAGUCAAUUUUACAAAUAGCACAUUAGACAUAGAAGCCAAGCUAUCAAAUGUGACUGCAAGUAAUGUUGAUAAGCUUUCAAUAUCAAAUAUCCCACUAAAAUCGGAGAGGUUUUGGGUUCAUAUUGUGAUGGCUUAUGCCUUUACCUUUUGGACAUGCUAUGUUCUGAUGAAGGAGUAUAAAAUAGUUGCUAAUAUGCGGUUGCAGUUUCUUGCAGCAGCAAAGCGUAGACCCGAUCAAUUUACAGUCCUUGUUAGGAAUGUUCCUCCAGACCCGGAUGAAUCUGUUAGCGAGCUUGUGGAGCAUUUCUUUUUGGUGAAUCACCCAGAUCACUACCUAACACAUCAGGUGGUAAUCAAUGCAAAUAAACUUGCCAAAUUGGUGCAAAAGAAGAAAACAAUGCAGAACUGGCUUGACUACUACCAAAAUAAAUAUGAACGAAAAAAAUCAAAGAGGCCGUUUAUGAAGACUGGUUUUCUUGGACUUUGGGGGAAAAAAGUGGAUGCAAUUGAUUAUCACAUAUCUGAAAUUGAAAAAUUGUCAACAAAAAUAGAUGAAGAGAAAAAAAGGGUUGUUAAAGAUCCCAAGUCUAUAAUGCCAGCAUCAUUUGUUUCCUUUAAAACUAGAUGGGGUGCAGCUGUGUGUGCACAAACUCAACAAACCAAAGAUCCAACUGUAUGGUUGACAGAGUGGGCCCCAGAGCCUCGAGAUGUCUAUUGGGAAAACCUGGCAAUUCCAUAUGUUUCACUCAGGGUUAGAAGGCUGAUAAUUGGUGUUGCAUUCUUUUUCCUCACCUUUUUUUUCAUUAUCCCCAUUGCAAUUGUACAAUCUUUUGCAAGCCUCGAGGGAAUUGAAAAAGUAGCACCAUUUCUGAAACCCAUAGUUGAAAUCGAAUUUAUUAAAUCAGUCAUCCAAGGUUUUCUUCCUGGUAUUGUAUUGAAGCUUUUUCUCAUCUUCCUGCCGACAAUAUUGAUGAUUAUGUCUAAAUUUGAAGGCUUUGUGUCUCUAUCAUCUCUCGAAAGAAGAUCAGCUUCUAGAUAUUAUCUAUUCAAUUUGGUGAAUGUCUUCCUUGGGAGCAUAAUAACUGGAUCUGCACUUGAGCAGCUAAAGUCUUUUAUAAAGCAGUCAGCAAAUGAAAUUCCCAAGACUAUUGGAGUAGCUAUACCAAUUAAAGCAACUUUCUUCAUAACUUAUAUAAUGGUCGAUGGAUGGGCUGGUAUAGCUGCAGAGAUUUUAAUGUUGAAACCACUGAUCAUAUACCACUUGAAGAAUUUCUUCUUGGUGAAGACUGAAAAGGACAGGGAGGAGGCAAUGGAUCCAGGAAGUAUUUGUUUCAACACUGGAGAACCUCGUAUUCAGUUAUAUUUUCUGCUGGGCCUUGUCUAUGCGACAGUGACUCCUCUUUUGCUCCCUUUCAUAAUUGUUUUCUUUGCACUGGCCUAUGUGGUUUUCCGUCAUCAGAUCAUAAAUGUUUACAACCAAGAGUAUGAGAGUGGUGCAGCAUUCUGGCCCGAUGUCCAUAAAAGAGUCAUUGCGGCAUUGGUUAUAUCACAGUUGCUUCUUAUGGGACUGCUGGGUACAAAGGAAGCUGCUCAAUCAACACCAUUUCUCGUUGCUCUUCCUGUACUUACGAUAUGGUUUCAUAAGUUCUGCACAGGCCGAUACAAAUCUGCAUUUGUUAAAUUUCCCUUACAGGAAGCAAUGAUGAAAGACACUUUAGAGCGUGUACGGGAACCGAACUUUAACUUGAAAGGUUAUCUUCAAAAUGCAUACAUCCAUCCUGUCUUCAAAACUGACAAUGAAGAUGAAGAUGAAGAUGAUAUGCUUUACUGGAGCGAGGAGAAAGAAAAUGUGUUAGUUCCCACAAAACGCAAUUCCCGUAAAAACACACCAGUUCCCAGCAAAAUGAGUAGUGCAUCCUCACCGGCUCCCUCUUUGCCUGACACUGUUCGUGAAAACUCAGAGCUGUGAUUCUGUUUAAGGCACAGUGAAGGAUGGCAACAUUGUAAGUAAAUUGAGAAAGCAAAUUCUUGUAUAGACGGAGUGAAGGAAAAGAUAAGCAGCCAGUCGAACUCCGGUUUCCAUUUUCGAGCAAGAAGCAAGUUCUGGAUUUCUGUAGCAGGCAGUUGAAGACUACUUUAAUGGUGAACACAUACAGAUGAGGAAGUGUUAAGUUGUGUGAAAAGAUGGAUGAUAUAUUAAAUUUAUUUAAUUUGUUUGUAGCAUUGUAGUGUGUUCAAUAUAGUUUUACUUGCAUUUCUCCA